AUGUUUCUCAAACUUCUUCGGCCGAAAGAAGCUAGGCGAAGAAAGGAAGAAGAGGAACGAUUGGCAAAGCAACAAGCAGAAGACCUAAAGCGCCAGCGAGCGGCUGUUGCUGCGUCCAAACCAACUUACGUUCCGUACUAUACUGCUCCCACCAGACCUGCCCCGUCGACUACAUCGGCCAGUACCAACUACUAUGCCGGAACUGGCAGUAACAAUUACGACCCAGGAGCGGGAAAUACCACCCAUCACCACUCCCGUGGCUACGGCGGUGGCCAUCAUUCUGGCGGUGGUGGUUAUUCAGGUGGUGGAAGUUACGGCGGCGAUUCGGGAGGUGGAGGCAGCAGCGGCGGCGAUGGAGGUGGAGGAGGUGGAGGAGGAGGCGGAGGAGGUGGAGGAGGCGGCGGUGGUGAUGGAGGUGGAGGAGGUGGAGGAGGCGGCGGUGAUGGAGGAGGCUGCUAA